UCUCGUCACUCAUCUAUAUAGAAGGCUACAGGUGUCAGCAGUGUCAGAGUUUCGCCAGAGCUGAGACAUAGCGAAUUGUCUUUCGACGUUAUUUCGUUGCUCGCAACUUGUUGAUUGAUAUUUCAACAAUUAUUUGCGAUGCCGUUCAUAAGCGUCGAUAACCAAUUGAGCUACCACCUGGUUGACUUCAGUGAAGGGCCACAAAUCAUACCAAGUAACUGGUUAGCAGAUGAUGGGUGUACCUGUGCCUGGCCCCAUUGGGCCGAUGACUUGGAUCAGAACGCAUGGGAUAAAGCUAUUCGUCAACUUAUUGAACCCCAGGGACACUGGAAAGAAGCUGUCAUCCAGCGAAUCAGAAUCAAGAACUCUAACUUCCCCUACGUCAGAUCCAAGCUGAAGGAGGCAGAAGAAAAAUCUGACACUGAUUUGCAGUCAGAUGCUGCUUGUGGACCUAAUCGGCAGCUGAGAAAAAGAAAAGUUGAAGACGAUGAAUGUUUCAUUCCAAAACUCCCCAAAUUUCAAUCAGUUAAGACUCUUUCAUCAAGUAAUAGUGAAGCACCACUUAACCUGAAUGAAAGUAUAGAAUCUAAUACAUCAGAAAUUGAUGGAGAGUUUGAGCGUCUCUCCUUUCCUCCCAGUCCGCACUCUUCGCCUAGUUCCACUCUGGCAAAUACUCCUUCCUCCCUUCGUAGAUCAAACUCAGGAACAUCUGACAAAUCAGUUCCAACUGUUUCUAAUGGACACAAAGGAGGAAGCAUUACUCCUUCCUACACCUCUAAAUCUGGUACCUCAGGGACACCUAAUAUGAUGUCAUUAGAGUCUCCUGCACAGUCAAACAAACCCAAUAGGGAUUCAAGGACUCUUUCAGCUCAACCUUCUUGCUCAGGAACAGCUGACAAAUCAGUUACAACUGUUAAUAAUGGACACGAAGGAGGGAGCAUUACUCCUUUCUCCACCUCUAAAUCUGGUACCUCAGGGAUACCAAGCGAGUCAGCAGAGUCUCCUGUGCAUGACAGUGUACUCAAUAGUUCAGACCAGGCAGCAUGGUCAAGAGUUCCUCCUCACGCAGCAGGGGUAUCUGAUGGGUCAGCAGAGUCUCCUAUGGAUGAAUCUCUUUCUCAUCCAAAUAUUAGUCGUGACACAUCUGGAAAGCGGGUCAGGGAAUCAAAUGUGACACCUAGCUCAACAAUUAAAGAGAGGACCAUGGCCAUGGCAGAAAGCAUGACAAACGUUGGUGUGUACCUUCUAUUUUCCCAUUUUUCUUCUAGUGACUUUCUUAAAUCUGUGCUUUUACUUGCUUGCUCAGCUUUCACAUAUGCAUGACCCUGCUUUUCAGAAUUUAAAUCAUAUCUUAUCAGCUCC